AUGAUCAAGCUAUUUAGCGUAAAGGAGAAGCAGAAGAAGGAUGCCGCAGCAGCCGCCAACGGCAAGGCGGUGAAGCAGUCGGCGGGCGAGCUGCGGUUGCAAAAGGACAUCUCCGAGCUGGAUCUCCCUAAGAGCGUGUCGAUCCGCUUCCCCGAGGGCAGCAGCAAGAUCAUGAACUUUGAGGUCACUCUGAAACCGGAUGAGGGCCUCUACAAGGGCGGCGCCUUCCUCUUCACCUUUGCGGUACCCAAUGGCUACCCGCACGAUGCUCCCAAGGUCAAGUGCCUCACCAAGGUGUACCACCCCAACAUCGACCUGGAGGGCAACAUCUGCCUCAACAUCCUGCGGGAGGACUGGAAGCCGGUGCUGACCAUCACAGCCAUCGUGUACGGCCUCAACUUCCUGUUCCUGGCCCCCAACCCCGAUGACCCGCUCAAUAAGGAGGCCGCCGCUAUGAUGCAGCAGAGCCCCGCGCAGUUUGAGCGGCUGGUGGCGCAGAGCGUGAGCCGCGGCUGCAGCAUCGGCGGCGAGUACUUCCCUCCCGCCCGCGGCGACCGCAGCAGGUAG